AUGGAUUCCUUUGGAACACCUAAAUCAGAAGAUGACCAGUCAGUAGUCAGCAGAAUGCAAAAGAAAUACUGGAAAACCAAGCAAGUCCUAAUCAAAGCAACAGGAAAAAAAGAAGAUGAGCAUGUGGUAGCCUCUGAUGCAGAGUUGGAUGCCAAACUAGAGGUUUUUCACUCUAUUCAAGAGACGUGUACUGAGCUUCUGAAGAUUAUUGAGAAAUAUCAGCAAAGACUCAAUGCUAUAUCUGAGGAAGAAAAUGAACUUGGACUCUUUUUAAAGUUUCAAGCAGAACGGGAUAUAACUCAAGCUGGCAAAAUGAUGGAUGCCACUGGCAAGACACUCUGUUCUUCAGCCAACCAAAGAUUAGCCCUAUGUACUCCUUUGUCUCGUCUUGAGCAAGAAGUAGCAACUUUUAGUCAGAGGGCCGUAUCUGAUACCUUGAUGACAAUCAAUCGAAUGGAGCAGGCCCGCAUAGAAUACAGAGGGGCUUUGCUUUGGAUGAAAGAUGUAUCCCAAGAACUAGACCCAGACACGUCUAAACAAAUGGAAAAAUUCAGAAAAGUGCAGAUGCAAGUGAGAAAUACCAAAACUUCUUUUGACAAGUUAAAGAUGGAUGUUUGUCAAAAGGUGGAUUUACUCGGAGCUAGUCGCUGCAAUUUGUUAUCCCAUUCACUUACUACCUACCAGAGAACACUGCUUGGAUUCUGGGAGAAAACAGCUCGAAUGAUGGCCAGAAUCCAUGAAGAAUUUACAGGCUUCCGUCCAUAUGAUUUUGUUGCACUAAAGCGACUCCAGGAGCCUCCAAGCAAGCUUACUGAAGAACACAAAGAGAACACAGUAGAAAAUAGUCCUCUUACUGCUAAUCUUGACAAGCUGAUUUUGUUGGAUGAGGAAACAAGUGAAAAGAGAAGCGAAACAGCAACAGAAGCUCGCAAAGAAAACCAUUUUCCAGUGAAUGAGUUUGAAGCCCCUCUGCUUUCUGGGCCUGAAAGUGUUGCCAAAGAUCUCCUUAUAGACUCUUUGGAAGGAGAGGACUUUGAGAAGGAAUUCUCGUUUCUGAACAACCUGCUGAGCCCGAGCCUAGGGCCGGCCCCGGACGCCGCCCUGGGGGCAGAGGCUCUGGCCGAGUCAUCCCGCUUCCUCCCCUCACAGCUCUUUGACCUGGACCGCCAUGCAGCGGGGACUUUCAGCGGCUGGACCUCCCAGGGGGAGUCAGGACAUUCCUCUUCUCUCGCAGAUUCUGAUGACCGUCCAGUGCCUUUGCAGAGUAAACCAAAGAAAUCGGCCAUUUCCCCAGCAGGCGGGAGCACCCAGGACAUGUCGGCCUGGUUCAGCCUCUUUGCGGACCUGGAUCCCCUCUCGAACCCGGAUGCCAUCGGACACUCGGACGAUGAACUCCUUAAUGCCUGA